AUGCUGAAUUUGGGGAGACGCGUCGCAAAGUGGAGCCUCCAGCGGUUCUCCACGGCGAUUAAUGGCCGCCGUAUACUGGACGAAGGCGACUGGUUUUACUCCGGCGAAUGGUGGGCCGGCGGCUCUGCCAGUAGCCGCACCGUAUUUCGAGAAGUUUCACAAAACGGAAACGGUGUCGUCACUGUAGUAGCUCAUCCUUGUUCUAAACCUGACAGAUUACACUGGGGAAGAACUGAAAGAUGGCUUGAUCAGAGGUAUGCAGAGAUGCAUCCGGGUUCUAAAAACGAGCAGAAGUUCAAAGUUUGUGCUUAUGAAUGGAGAACACUUCACUUUAACGAGAAUACUCUCCAAAGUGCAGUAAAAGUAAUGUCCGCAUACAGAGAAAACGAUCCUGACUCUUUUUGCAUUAUCCAACAGGCGCAUUGUUUGGCCAUACCAUAUGUGAAGAGCAUGGUAUCUGCUGGUUUGACCACCAUCUCGUUGUGUAAUUCUGAUCUCAUGAAGAAUGCUGUAGAGGCGAAACAAAAUAUGAAAAUUUUGUGCAUUGGGCAUGGUGGAGGGAGCAUACCUUUGUAUUUGGCUAGUAAGAUACGAGGUGCUGUAGUCCACAUAGUCGAAAUCGACCCAAUUGUAAUCUCAGCCUCAACCCAAGCAAUGGGCUUCCCAGCUUUAUCAAUCAUGAACCAAUACGGCAAACGGGCACUCCCAAAGUCCAGCCUGAUUGAGAACUUAAUGUGGAGAGGUACUCACGAACGGCUCCAUUUGUUCAAUUUGGAUGCCGAGAAAUUCAUCCUGGAUGACAAUUCUAACGUAUAUGACCUCGUCUUCAUCGAUGCCUAUGAUGGAGAAGAUAUUUUUCCCCGCAAAUUAUGGGACCCUCAUUCCCCAUUCAUCCAGAACCUGAAAAAUCGGAUCCAUCCAAGGCACGGGACUGUUGUCGUCAACCUUCACUCGGAUGUCGACUUAGAAGGCAGCGACUCAAACCCACAAGACCGCUCGUUUUUGUCAAUGGGUAAAUAUACAUACCAAGUGUGCCGUGCAUAUAGAGAUGUUCUGUUAGAGGGAGAGAGUUCAAUGUGCGGUUUGGCAUACAUGGUUCCCGUGCCUUGGUUGUGCAAUAUAUCGCUCGUUGUGUGUAGGGGAUUAGGCAGGUCCAAGGAUAGUUCGGGCUCGAGUAUGGUUUUGAACGCUUUGAUUGCUGAGGCCCUUGAGGUUGAUAGACUCGUCGGUAUGCCGUUUUCUUGUUUGCAGUAUAUAAAGAGAGGUUUUACUCCAGUGGGAUAA